AUCCACAAGCAAAUAACUCGCCUGCCAAUGAAGUAACCGCAUUUAUACCACGUGAUUAAAUACAAAACAACAGAAAAUGGAAAAUGUAAAACGUUUUCGUUAUUGUUAUAAGUGUUUUUAGGAUUUCUUUGCUAUGUCAACAUUAAAUUUUAUCAGCCUUCCUGAUGAUGUCCUAGUGGUGGUUUUAAGCUACAUCCCCUUACAGGAUCUUCUGACCUAUGUAAAUAGGACGUGCAAAAGACUGAAUGAUCUAAUCAAGACCAAAUCUUCUCUGUGGCGUCAUUUUGAGUUUGAUUGGGAACUUAAUGUGAAAUAUGGUGAUUUAUGUGAGAUACUGAAUCAUGCAGCGAGUUUUACCUAUUUUCUUUUACCACAAGGCUCUGUUAUCAACUGUCCUGCUCCAGAUAUUGAUUUCAUAUUCUUAACUAGAUUUGUACCAGCUAGACACUUAUACUGGAUCUGCCUAACUGACGUUCCGAUUUCAACAUUAAGCUUUAUAAAGUAUAUACCAAAUUUGCAGAUUGUGAAUUUAACAGGAUGUUACAAUUUACGUGAUGAGGAUUUCCUUGUCCUUCGUGAUUGUAAGGAACUAGACCAAAUAUAUGUAUCAUUUACAGACAUAAAACCUAAAACUUUAAGUGAAAUUAUAACUGGAAAACAGGUCAUAGUUUUAGACGCAUGUGGUGUAGAGUUUGAUAUUCACGAGUGCAAAACGAUUGUUUCCCCAAUAUUUGGUAGCCUGCUUUCCUUUAGUUUGUCUUUAAAAGCGGAUAUCGAGACACAAGACUUUAACCACCAGAUAAUUGAUUACUUCAUUGACACACAGUUCCAUAUUUACCUGAAAUGAAGUUAUACAUUUAACUUAUAACACAUAUAAAAGUGUGAGCAUUUCUAUCGUUAAAAACAAAAUGAGUAGACUGAACAUUCACGAGGUUCUGUCAAUGCUUGAUGACUAUGAUGACGGAAAUGAGAUUUAUGAUAAUUUUCAAAAUGCUGAAAUGACAGAAGUACCUACAGAGGCAGUACAAUCAUUUGAUGAAUCAAAUAACAACAUACCUGUUUUUUCUGACACUUCUUUCAACCCAAAUGAUUUCGUUGAAAUUGAAAUUUAUGCAGAAGAUGCAGCUGAGUUUAAGAAAGCAUGUCAAAGUCUAGAAGAAAGUAAUGCAACAUGCGACGAAACACUGAUAAACAUUGAACAGGCCAAAUUUAACCAGGCUACAGAUGUUUGUGAAACAAAGGAAGAUGAUAUGACUAAGACAUCAGCAACUGAAGAAAGUAAUACAUUAGUUGCAAACAUAAACUACAAUGAAGUUGCCAACCUGAACUACAUAGAGGAAUCUGAAGAAACACUACCGACUCAAAAUGAACAUGUCGAUGUGAAUAAUAAUCAUGAUGAUAAAACAACUCCAGAUAAAGACAUAAUAUUAGAAAGGGAAGGAGAUAUACCCACUCUUUCUCCUAAACGAAGUAGAUCAAGAACUAAACAGAUUGAUUCCUGGAAGAAGAAUAUCAGGAAACGCAGGCGGCAAGCUGGAUUGGAGUACAUAAGUUCUAGAGGAACACUCAUGGCAAAAAAGUUGAAACAGAAUCACAAAGAUUGUAAAGGUAAAUGCAGAUAUGCAUGUUCAUGGAGUUUCAGUAAUGAGGACACAGAUAAUAUACACUCAGAGUUCUGGUCCCAUGAUGAUGACACAAAGAUGUUGUUUUACGCUGAGACUACAGAAAGGAUAUUGAAAGGUACAAAAGGAAAUAAGAAAAGAACAGCAGGUAACAAUACCUCUAAAGAAGAAAAUACAAAGAAUGAUAGUAAAUCCAGGAGAAAGUAUACAUUUCAAUAUUUUUUCAGGAAAGGUUCUGAAAAGAUACGUGUAUGUCAAGACUUCUACAGAGGAGUUUUGGGUAUUAACAUCUCUCGUGUAAGAAAGUACUAUGAAAAACUUGACAAGAAAACAGAACUAAAAGAUAUGCGUGGUCGGAACACUACAUCUAGGAUUUCUGAAAACGAUAUUGAGUUUGUAAGAGAACAUAUUCGAUCCUUCAAUAAAGUUCCUUCACAUUACUGCAGAAGUAAAAGCAUUAAGGAGUACCUUGAAAGUAAUCUGAAUAGGACAAAGAUGUAUGAAUUAUAUAAAGCAGAAUGUGCUAAAUGUGAUCGUAACCCAGUAAAGUUUUCAAAGUACAGAGAUAUCUUUAACAAAGAUUUUAAUCUUUCAUUUCACAUUCCUAAAAAGGACAGGUGUGAUUUAUGUGAGGAAAUUGAAACGAAAGCUAAAAACAAAGAAACAGUGAAUGAGCAAACUAGAGCUAAAUUUGAGAAGCAUAAAUCUGACAAGGGUGACACAAAAACAGAACGAGACACUGAUAGAAAUCUAGAUGACCCAACAACAGCAACAAUCUGCUUUGACCUUGAAAAUGUUAUUGCCUUACCAAGAGCUGAUAUAUCAAACUUCUUCUAUAAACGUAAGUUAAAUACCUAUAAUCUCACUGCACAUUGUUCAGUUGACAAAGCUGUUUAUAACGCGAUAUGGACAGAGGCAGACGCUGGAAGAGGCGGAAAUGAAAUAGCAAGUGCUCUUGUAAACAUUUUGCAUGAAAUUAAUUCAGUUCAUCCUGGAAUCAAGAACUACAUCCUUUGGUCGGACGCUUGUGUACCUCAGAAUCGUAAUUCGAUAAUGACUUUUGCACUUAAGACUUUUAUGAAUACGCAUAACAUACAUUCAAUCACACAAAAAUUUGGCUGUCCAGGUCAUUCAGCGAUCCAGGAAGUGGAUAAUGCACAUAGCAACAUAGAAAAAGCCCUGAAAUGUUCCGAGGUCUUCAGUCCAGUGUCAUUGGUUCGAGUUUUAAAAUCAAUCGAUGCACGACGGAAAGGACCAUUUAAAGUGAUACAAAUGCGACCUCCUCACUUUUAUGACUAUCAAAAAGUCACAAAUACUUUAAAUUUUGGAAGUGUACCAUACACAAAGGUCAAAUGCUUAAAAUACUCACGAAACGAUAAAAUGGGUAUAAGUUUUAAAUUGUCGUUUACUGAACAAGAAUUUGGACAUGGGGUAAUAUUGACUGGAUCAGCGACUCGCAACGCCCGACAGUGCUUAUCUUUACCAAUUCCAUUACCAGUUUCAAGUCAUAAGAAACCGGUAAUAAGCAGUCUGAAAAAGAAAGACUUAACUAGUAUGCUCAAAUAUAUGAGCCAAAUUGAUAGCCAGUAUUAUAUGGCUAAAGGCUUGAUAAUAACUUAAAAAAGAGAAUACAAAAUUGACAGUAUCACAAUAGUUCAGUUUUUUCCCUGAAAAUUGUUCUCAUGUUAUAAACAGUUUAUUGUUUUAUUUUAAUUGACUGUUUUUGUGUGUUAAAAGUUCAGAAAUUUAAUUCAGGUUUUGAAAAAAUGAUAUGUCGAAGUUGAUAUUGUUAUUGCAAUAUUUUAUGUUAAGUAAUGAUGUACUACAGCAAAGCAUUUAAGUGGUAUUGUUUUUAAUGAUUUUAUAGUAAUCAAUAGCAAAAAUACCUAUACUGCUAUUGUAAAAGAUGUAAUAGUCACUUUGGCACAGUAUCUGUAAAUUGCGCUAAAGUUACAUCAUGUUAAGUACAAUGUUUUACUAGCUUGCAUUUGCGGUAGACAAUCAUUGUCAUAAUCAAACUGUUUUGAUUUAUAAUUAUAGUGGUUGUCAUAUUAAUCAUAGAUGUUUCAAGCCUGUAAAUUGUUUAAGAAAACAUUAUCUUUUGUAAAUCGGAUUUGCGUAAGAAAAUGUACAUUUAGUUUGAUGGCAGUUAAGUGUUCAGUUCAAAAUAAUAAAAUUUGUAUAU